AUGGCGGAGCAGCGUCAGGACAUUGCCAUGAUGGAAGAUCAUGCAGCUGGCCAGGAGAAGCACGUCCCAUCAGGCUAUCCCCUUCAGAUACCAGUCGAUGAUGGAUCGGAUGAGCCUGUUUCUGAAACAUCUGACACUAAGAGCACCCCAACUACGGAAGAUGCCACAGCACCUUUAGUGGAGGAAGGAGACCACGAGGAUCAGGGUGGUGUCGAACAGCACGGGGAGAUCCCAGAAGGAACCACAGCUGAAGAGGCAGGCGUAGGAGCCACUCCCAACCUGGAGGACCAUGCUGCAGGAGAUGCUGCUCAAGGGGAGCCAAGCUCUCCAAAGCUACAGCCUGGCCCUCAGAAGUGUGUGGGAGAUGCGAUAAAAAGAGAAAGCCAGCCCACAAAGCAGGUAGCUGAGGUUCUUCAGCAGCCUCUUCUGUCACAUGAAACGAAGGCUACAACAGCAGCUCCCACUAGAAUUGAGGUCACCAUCCCAAUACCCCUCGAUAUGUACCAAGACUCCAGAGCAUCAGAAGACAACAGUGAGUUGUGGGAUCAUCGAGGCAGAGAAGGUGUUGGUGUGGAUUCAGCACUGGGAACAGAGCUAGGUCAUGAUGCGCACACCGAGGGGUUGGCAGGAACAGGUGACACAGGUGACUCCCAUAUUAAAGGUGGGCCAUCUCCUUUAUAUACCAGACCUCCAUUAAAAGAAUAUGCCCGUGGACAGGAAAGAGAUGAGGACCGUGAUAUUGAUGAAACUUCUGAACAGGAUUUGCUUUCCCUGGUGGGACAGCGUGUUUCACCAGGACCCAAAAUGGACUUCUGUCCAGCAACAGCCAAGGAAGCUCCUGAAGAAUAUGCCUUUGAAGAAAACAAGUCCAAAGAUGUCCUCAGAGACAUACCAAGAGAGGCACUUCUUGUUGAAACUGAAUCACAUAAAGCAGGAGAGGACCAAGAGGAGAGGAGACAGCCAUUGAGAGGGGAAGAAGGCACAGACAUCACCCCAUUAGAGCCUUCUGAAAUCAUCUCCCAAAAAGAAGUGGAGCCUGGGGAGGGAGAAGAUUCUGGAACCUUGCUAGAAACAGCCAAACUCCCCGUUGAGUUAAAAGAUGACAUGGAAGGCAAAGAUGCUCCUUUGGAAGAGGCUGUGCCAGAUACAGGAGAACGCCGGACGUCCAAGAAGAAACCUUGUGCCCAUGUUGCAGAUAAAGCCGUCAGUCGCGUCCCUCUCCUAAAAGGUCAUAUUGACAGCAAAGACAAGGAAGGGACUGAAGCCGAGGAAAAGAAACCGAAGAAAUCCUCACCUUCCACUGCCAAACCCCCAGGCGAUAGACCCUCCGCCCCCCCCCAACGACACACCUCCUCUAGCACAACCCCUUCGAAAACACCCUCCAGCCCUGCUUCCGCCUCUAAAAGAGUCUCUUCUGUCACAUCCCGACCUGCCAGUACAGGAACGCAAGAAAUGAAAGCCAAGGGCCCAGAGAUGAGAGGUGGCACGAAGACGGCCACACCGCGGUCUGCAGCCGGGCAGGCUCAGAGGAACUCGACCAAUGCCACGCGCAUCCCAGCAAAGACGCCCACGGCCCCCAAGACACCUCCAAGCUCUGGCAGAAAGGAGCAGAAAAAACCACCUCCUGCAGCAGCAAAGUCUGAGAAAGGUGAGCAGCCAAAGUCUGGAGACAGAAGCGGUUACAGCAGUCCCGGCUCCCCCGGGACUCCAGGCAGCCGUUCCCGCACUCCCUCUCUGCCCACCCCACCAGCCAGGGAGCCCAAGAAGGUGGCAGUGGUUCGCACACCACCGAAAUCUCCUGCGUCUGCCAAGAGCCGCAUCCAGCCGUCAGCUGCACCCAUGCCUGAUCUGAAAAAUGUGAAGUCCAAAAUUGGCUCAACUGAAAACCUGAAGCACCAGCCCGGAGGUGGCAAG